AUGGCAGGCAUCUCGAGGGGGCGGGUUGCUGCUUUUUGCGCCGCCAGUGCAGCCGUGGGGGCAGCUCUGACGGCAGCAGCGCUCCUGUGCUUCCAGCAUCGCAUCCCGUCGCAGCGACCGCAGGGGGGGGGGACGCAGCGAGAGCGUCUCGAGGAGGAGGAAGAAGAAGCGCAGAAGCAGGAAAUAUCUGCGAGCUGCCCCGGUCCUGAGAGCGCAGUGGCAGGUCUUGCUGCAGGCUGUGAGGGGUGCCCUGGGAGAAGCCUUUGUCUAGCAGCAAAGGGAGUUGCAGCCGCUCCGAACGGAGCGGCUGCCAGUGGAGCACCGGAAGAGGCAUCGCGGGAUACAGCUGCCACAACAGGGUUGCGGCAGCCGAAGAAUGCGGAGAUCGCUGCCAAGUUGCGAGGCGUCAGAAAGAAGAUUGUCGUGUUGUCUGGCAAAGGCGGCGUCGGGAAAUCAACUGUGGCCUCGCAGCUUGGCUGGACCUUGAACUCGCUAGGAUUCUCAGUUGGCCUCUGCGACUUAGAUCUCUGUGGCCCCUCUCUGCCGCUGAUGCUUCGGCAGAAGACGGCAGAAGUCUUCCAGAGCGCAGAGGGGUGGGAGCCUGCGUUUGUUCGAGAGGAUCUCUGUCUCAUGUCCAUUGGUUUCUUGUUGCCGGAAGAGGAUAGCGCGGUUAUAUGGAGGGGUCCUAAGAAGAACUUGCUCAUCAAGACUUUUUUGUCAAAUGUGAAUUGGGGCGAACUGGACUUCCUGAUAGUGGAUACGCCACCAGGGACCUCGGAUGAACAUAUUUCUCUGACAGCUUUUCUCGAUGCUGACGGUGCCAUCGUUGUCACAACGCCUCAAGAAGCAGCUCUGCAGGAUGUGCGAAAGCAAAUAAACUUUUGUCGCAAGGUUUCGCUGCCAGUACUUGGGGUGGUGGAGAACAUGACAUCGUCCGUGUUUGCCGAAGGCCCCAACGUGGGAGGCGCAGAGGUGGGGGUUCAUGCGUAA